CAUUUGAUCGAGAAAGAAUGUUGGGGUAUGGUGGUGUUCUCGUCGCUGAUCCCUGGCUCCAAAACCAAUUCACUCAGGUGGAGCUUCGACGCCUCAGGUCUAAGUUUGUUUCGGCAAAAAGGGAGAUGGGUCAUGUGACAGUCAACGUGUUGCCUCCACUGAUGGGAAAGCUUAAGGGCCUGAAUCAGGUGGUCAUGGAACCAGAGAUUGCUAAUUUCUUAGCCGAAUCCUACCCGGAUACCAACCGUGAGGUAGACUUCGAAUUGUUCCUUCAGGUGUAUUUGGAUCUUAAAGCAAAGGUAGCACCCAAAUCAAGCAGUGUGAAGGGCUGCUGGUCAUUCUUGAAGGCAACCACGACCACACACUUGCACACUAUAAAUGAAUCAGAGAAGGCAUCUUAUGUUGCACACAUCAACAACUAUCUUGGAGAAGACCCAUUCUUGCAAAAGUAUCUGCCACUGGAUCCAGCAACAAAUGAUCUGUUCAAUCUUGUUAAAGAUGGAGUUCUUCUAUGUAAGUUAAUCAAUGCUGCCGUUCCGGGGACUAUAGAUGAGAGAGCAAUCAAUACCAAACAAGGACUUAACCAUUGGGAGAAGAAUGAGAAUCACACUCUUUGCUUGAAUUCUGCAAAGGCUAUUGGGUGCAUUGUAGUUAAUAUUGGAACUCAGGACUUAAUAGAAGGGAGACCUCAUUUGGUGCUUGGGUUGAUAUUUCAGAUCAUAAAGAUAAAACUUUUGGCAGAUCUUAACCUCAAGAAGACACCUCAGCUCAUGGAAUUGGUUGAUGACAACAAGGAUGUGGAGGAACUAAUGAGCCUAGCGCCAGAAAAGAUGUUGCUAAAAUGGAUGAAUUUUCAUCUCAAGAGAGCAGGCUACAAAAAAACUGUGACAAAUUUUUCUUCAGAUGUGAAGGAUGGGAGGGCCUAUGCUUACCUUCUUGACGCUCUUGCCCCUGAGCUUUCACAAACUUUGGAUAUUAAAGAUCGUAAUGAAAGGGCAAAACGAGUUAUUGAACAAGCUGAGAUGCUGGGUUGCGAAAGAUACUUGAGUCCAAAAGACAUUGUUGAAGGCUCUCCCAACUUGAACCUUGCAUUUGUUGCACAAAUAUUUCAGCAUAAGAAUGGUUUAUCCUCUGACAAUAAAUAUAUAUCUUUAUCACAAACAAUGCCUGGUGACAUCCAAGUUUCUCGGGAAGAAAGAGCUUUUCAAUUAUGGAUCAACAGUCUUGGAAUUGUUACAUAUGUUAACAAUUUGUUUGAGGAUAUCAGGAAUGGAUGGGUUCUUUUGGAAGCACUUGACAAAGUGUCUCCAGGAUCAGUUAAUUGGAGGCAGGCAACAAAGCCUCCAAUUAAGAUGCCCUUUAGAAAAGUUGAAAACUGCAACCAAGUUAUAAAGGUUGGGAAGCGGUUGAACUUUUCACUAGUAAAUGUUGCUGGCAGUGACAUUGUGCAAGGAAAUAAAAAGCUUAUUCUUGCUUAUCUGUGGCAGCUAAUGCGUUUCAACAGUCUUCAACUUCUAAAGAACUUGAGAUUUCACACCCGAGGAAAAGAAAUAUCAGAUGCUGGUAUCUUAGAUUGGGCCAACAAUAAAGUCAAGGAAUCAGGCAGAACUUCUCGAAUGGAGAGUUUCAAGGAUAAAAAUUUGUCAAGUGGAAUAUUUUUCCUUGAGCUUCUCAGUGCUGUGGAGCCGAGGGUGGUAAACUGGAAGCUCGUUACACGGGGUGUAAAUGAUGAGGAAAAGAUGUUGAAUGCUACAUACAUUAUCAGUGUAGCGAGAAAGCUUGGAUGUUCUGUAUUUUUGUUGCCUGAGGAUAUCAUUGAGGUAAACCAGAAGAUGAUCCUUGCCCUUACUGCCAGCAUCAUGUAUUGGAGUCUGGGGAAGCCUAGAGGAAACUCUUAACAGGCGAGUCUCCAGCUAAAGUUUCGGGAGCUGUCGGCUGAUGAUGGUGAAGAUGGAAGUACUGUUGCACGGAGCAUUUGAGACCUGACAAUUGAUGAUGCUGCCUCUGAAACCUCACAGACAGAAAAUGGCAAUGGAAUCAAUGGAGAGUGAUUUUGUUUACAUAUUAAUAGAGUAGAAGUCUGGUAGGUAAUAUCUAUAUUUUUCUCUAGAUUACUGUCGAUAGUCUAUGCUUUUGCUUUUUCUACUUCUGACUUUUCGAUAGGGUGGAGAGAGAAUAAAGAAAGAUUUAGGCUUGAAAUGCAUUUGUAGGUUUCUUUUUUUGAUGUAGUUGUUCUUUGAUAAUUCGUGUUCUUUUCUGAACAAUGAAGGAAAAAAAAAUGUGUUCUUUUUUGAAGGAAUAUAUCUUGGCAUGCAAUAUUGGUAUUGGAUUA